CACUGAAUAUAGAGCUUCACGUCACUAUUGUGCGCCAGUGCUGAAUAUGGCGAGCAGAAAGAGGAACGCUCUUCUCUCUUCACUAGCGGCUUAUGGAGAUGAUUCAGAGCAGGAUUCAGAUCCAGACACAGAUGAUCAAGAUUCUCAUGGUGGAUUGGUGUCAGCUAGCUACGGAGAGGAUGACGUGAGUCGUGUGGAGGAAGCAGAUGAGAAGCCCUCGGAAAAUGAGGACAGUGAUGAUGACAGCACUAGAAAUUCGGAAGAAGAGGAGUCAGACUCGGAGCGGACCCAAGAUGAUGUGAAGGAUGUCACAGAAGUGGAAGUUAAGGACCCUAAUGAGCUUGUUGCACAGUUUUCAGAGAAGGUUCGGAAUAUGUCUCCUGAUGAGAUCAAAAUUCCUCCUGAACCUCCUGGGCGUUGUUCCAGUCAUCUGCAGGAAAAGAUCUUUAAACUUUACGAGAGGAAGCUUCAUGGAGAUUUUGAUACAAACAGCCAUAUUCAAAAGAAGAAAGAGUUUCGCAACCCCAGUAUUUAUGAGAAGCUUAUCCAGUUCUGUGGUAUUGACGAACUUGGAACCAAUUACCCAAAAGACAUGUUUGAUCCUCAUGGCUGGUCAGAGGAUUCAUAUUAUGAGGCACUAGCCAAAGCUCAGAAAGUGGAGAUGGACAAGCUGGAAAAAGCUAAAAAGGAAAAGACCAAGAUUGAGUUUGUGACAUGCACCAAGAAAGGCAGCACUACUAAUGCAGCAGCUAUGGCCACAAACACGACUUCCACAGCAGAUGCUCAGAAGAGGAAGAGCAAAUGGGACUCAGCAGUGCCAGUGACCCUGGCACAACCCGCCCUCCUCACCACCACUGCCACCCUCCCUGGAGUCGUCUCUGUGACCACAACAGCCAGCGGCACCAAGACCACAGUCAUCUCUGCAGUGGGAACCAUUCUCAAAAAAGCUAAGCAAUAAAAUGAAAAAAGGCAGGGUUAUUUCACUUCAGAUUGCCAGAUUGAUAGUGAAUGGCAGUGCUACAUGCUUUUUUUUUUUAGUUGAGCAACAGAUGGUUUUAACUGUCUGGCAACUGGAAUAGAUGGUGUUUAUCUCAUUUUCAGAAAGUGAAAAUUCUGCAUAUAGUUUUAUAAUGACAUAAUUGUAUCAUUCAUCUCUGUGCUCGGUUUUGACUAGCUGUUUCAAAUGCGUUUAUCUGUUGGUUGAUUCUUUGAUUUAAACUUAUUGGUUUGUCUUUGCCAGAUGUUUUCCAUUUUAAUUCAUAAUUUGUGUAUGUAAAAAUUAUCCUGCCUGUUGCAGUAAAGUCACCUACCUUUCAUGUCAGACAUAUGAAACUUUUCUGCAAAUUACAUUUUUCUUUGGGAAUAUUUUUUUUUAAUUUUUAUUUUUUUUAAAUCAUUCAGUGUUUGAUAGAUGCCCUGUCUGGUCUUUCUAUAGUCUGUUUCCAUUUUUAUGUUUUGGAAAGGCCAUGUACACAGAAUACCAAUUAAUCAUCACCAGAGUAUUCUUUCAGUAUCUUAUUACAACUAAUUGACUAUAUUAUUGCAUUUAUUAUAAGACACAAAGGGUCUUAUAUUUUGGUGCAAGUCUAUUUUCUGCCAUUUCUAUCUUUUUAUUUUACCAAUGCAAGUAGGUAUUUUUAUGUGUAUAUUAAGAUGACUCUGGAUUCUCUGUUGCUCAGCAGUGUAAAAAUAAAUGUUUUUUUUGUAUAAAUGCAAA